AUGUCGGCUGCUCCUGAAGUACUUACCAACGCAACCGUGGCUAGCCGUUUGCCCUUGCUGAAGGGCUCGAGUGGGAAGCCCCCAGUUAAGGACAUGUUCACAGAUCUGAAAGACGGAAGGAAGCUUUUGGACCUUUUGGAGGGCCUGACAGGGAAACCUCUGCCUAAAGAACGAGGUUCCACACGAGUACAUGCCUUAAAUAACGUCAACCGAGUACUGCAGGUCUUGCAUCAGAACAACGUGGAGUUGGUGAAUAUUGGAGGAACUGACAUUGUUGAUGGAAAUCACAAGCUGACGCUGGGGCUGCUGUGGAGCAUUAUCUUGCACUGGCAGGUGAAGGAUGUCAUGAAGAACAUCAUGUCAGAUUUGCAGCAGACCAACAGUGAGAAGAUCCUGCUGAGCUGGGUUCGGCAGUCCACGAGACCUUACAGUCAGGUCAAUGUUCUGAACUUCACCACAAGCUGGGCUGAUGGACUCGCCUUUAACGCUGUCAUCCACAGACACAAACCUGAGCUUUUCAACUGGGAUAAAGUUAUAAAGAUGUCCCCAGCUGAGAGACUGGAACAUGCUUUCAGCAUAGCCAAGAACCACUUAGGAAUCGAGAAACUGUUGGAUCCUGAAGAUGUGGCUGUACAGCUUCCAGACAAAAAGUCCAUUAUUAUGUAUUUAACCUCUUUGUUUGAGGUCCUUCCUAAGCAAGUCACUAUGGAAGACAUCCGGGAGGCUGUAGCACUUGAAGAGGAGCAGGGCAGUUCUAGAGCAGAGACUCCCAGCACAGUGACAGAGGUGGAUAUGGACUUGGAUAGCUACCAAGUUGCUCUGGAAGAAGUGCUCACAUGGCUGCUGUCAGCUGAGGAUGCAUUUCGGGAACAGGAGGAAAUAUCUGGUGACGUUGAGGAAGUCAAAGAGCAAUUUUCUACCCAUGAAGGUUUUAUGAUGGAACUGACUGCGCACCAGAGCAGCGUGGGCAGUGUUCUGCAGGCUGGAAACCAACUGGUGGCCCAGGGAAAUCUGUCACCUGAAGAAGAGUUUGAGAUCCAGGAGCAAAUGCUGCUGCUGAACUCGCGCUGGGAGGAGCUCAGGGUGGAGAGCAUGGACAGGCAGUCCCGCCUGCAUGACAUGCUGAUGGAGCUCCAGAAGCAGCAGUUGCAGCAGCUGUCCAACUGGCUGACGGUCACAGAGGAGCGCAUUCAGAAAAUGGAAUCGCAGCACUUAGCAGAAGAUUUGGAGUCUCUUCAAAAACAGCUGGAAGAACAUAAAAGCCUGCAGAGUGACCUAGAGACAGAACAGGUGAAGGUGAACUCCCUGACGCACAUGGUUGUCAUUGUUGAUGAAAGCAGUGGAGAAAGUGCAACAGCUAUUCUGGAGGAGCAGUUGCAGAGGCUUGGCGAGCGGUGGACAGCAGUUUGUCGUUGGACUGAGGAACGACGGGUCAAGUUGCAAGAAAUUCAUCUUUUAUGGCAGGAGCUGCUGGAAGAGCAAUGCUUAUUGAAAGCUUGGUUAACUGAGAAAGAAGAGGCUUUGAGUAAGGUCCAGACAAGCAACUUUAAAGAUCAAACGGACCUGAGUGUGAAUGUUCGAAAACUAGCAAUUUUGAAAGAGGACAUGGGUAUGAAACGACAAACACUAGACCAGUUGAAUGAGCUAGGUCAGGAUGUGGCCCAAAUCCUUGGGAAUGGCAGAGCAUCCAGUAAAAUCGAUCAGGAUCAAGAAGAACUAACUCAGAGGUGGGACAGUUUGGUUCAGAAGCUAGAGGAUUAUUCUAACCAGGUACUUAACAAGGCUUUAUUACUUUUUAGCUGGUUAGAUAUCUGUAUGUAUGCAAACCUCAUUGAUACUGUCAGCAAAAUUGCUCAGGUGACUCAAGCUGUAGGAAGCGUAGGGUUGUCACAGGUUUCACAGAAGUCUGCUGCAGAAACAAUGCCGUUGAAGGAACAGGUAGUGGUUAAACAAUCCCGACAGGAGUUGCCCCCGCCGCCACCCCCAAAGAAAAGGCAAAUCCCAGGGGAAAGUGAAGUAAAGAAAAAGUUUGAUGCUGAAAGUGCUGAGCUCUUGAACUGGAUUUCAAAAUCAAAAUCUGCCAUUCAGGCCAUAGAUAUCAAAGAGUACAAGAAGAUGAGAGAGACUUCGAACAUGAAAGAGAAAUUGAAGGUAAUUGAAAAAGAAAGAGUUGAAAAAAGCCAAAAGUUAGAUGAACUGAAACAAAGUGGACAUAUUCUUUUGGAUCAAAUGGGAAAGGAAGGACUUUCUACAGUGGAUAUAAAAACUGUGAUUGAGAAAAUAUCGUUAGGGUGGAAAGAUGUGGUUCAACAGCUGGAAGAAGUGGCCAGAAAGAUAAAGUACCAGGAAGAUAUAAAUGCUUAUUUUAAGGAAAUGAGUGAGCUUGAGAAGACUGUAAUUGAGAAGGAUGGCUGGCUUAAAAAUGACGCUUCUUCAGCAUCCCAGCCCUCAGCAGUCCUGAAAGACUUAUGCCAGCAGGAGUUAACUCAUCUCGUAAGCCUGAGUCCACGUUUGGAACACCUGAAAGCCACCUGCAAGGCGCUCACCUCUCAGCCCAUGCCUCCAAACUUCAUUCAGGAGAGCUUGAAUGGUUUUCUCGAUCGCUUCAAGCUGACUCGUCAGAAACUAGAGGAACGUCACCAGCAGCUGAAGAAAG